CAGAAAAUGAUAUUUCGUUAAACAAGUUAUCUGAAGUUGUAAAACUUUGUAGAAUUCUUGAAUAUUCUCAAUUAAUAUCAGCUUUUAGUACAAUUAAUUAUGAAAAUAAUGUGUUUAGACAUGAAAUAUUAUCUGCUAUUUCAAUUUCAAUAGAGGAAACUAUCUGGAAAGAAUUAAAUGAAGCUAUUGCAUUUAGUAUUAUAGUUGAUGAAAGUACAGAUAUUUCAUAUGAACCUCAUCUUAUUAUAUAUGUUAAAUAUUAUUUGUGUAGAAAGAUUAAAAUCCAUUUUUUAAAAUUACUUCAAUUAAAAAGCAAAGAUUCAAAAACUAUUUUUGAAGUAAUUAUUGAUUUAUUUGAUAAAAAAGAUUUAUCAAAUAAACUUAUAUCAUUUACUUCAGAUGAAGCAAGUAUUAUCUUAGGAAAAUCAACAGGAGUAGCAUCAAGAAUUAAAGAAAGAAAUGAGUAUUUAUUUAUAACACAUUGCAUUGUACAUAGGCUAGCUUUAGCCUGCAAUUCAACAGGAAAAAAAAGUGGAUUUUUGCAAGCAUACUGA